UGGACCAUGGUCAAGCAUGAUGGGAGCUGUAGUCCAGCAACAUUUGAGGAGCCACAAGUUAGCCACUCGCGAACAUAACCUUUUCUCUGAAGGGAAGAGGAGUCAUUUUGUGGCUAGGGUUGUGGAUGGUGGCCACAGGAUGAAACAUAUUGGGUUGUUUUGGUAGCACCAUGUGCCUGAAGCAACAAAAUUUGCUGUACUUAGGACUUUUGCUCUCUGAGUUGUUCCGCUGUAUCUAGGAGGGGUUGGGGCUGGUGCCAACAUAACUUGGAAGUACUUGGCGCCUGAGCUGAGACACAAAUGUGACCACAGACCAAGGGAUAUAUGCUUCCCUCAGCCUUUCACCUACAUUUACUUCCCCAUGGGGCUAUGCUUUUCAUUCUAGUUGCGCUUUUGAGAGGAAGGCUUCCUAACAUUCUGUACAUUUUGCCUCUGGGGCUGGCACUGUCAACAACUUGGCAAGGCAGUGGUCACCAACUUUCCAGUUUACAGAUACGACAGCUGCGGAGCACUCCAAAUUUUGGAAAUUUGGGGCUGGCAACCCUAGAUACGCAUCAACAAACUGCAACUGCUUGUGGAUCCACAAAGGGCCUUCUCCAUUUUGUGAGGCUAUUGUAACAAUGGAUUCACGUGUCUUAAGCUUCGCUAUAAUCAUGCUUUAGAGACAAGAAGGACAUGAGGAGCCCCACAAGGGCAACCAUCAUGGGUCCCACACAGCUCGUGGCACAGAAUCAUGGGAAGAAGGCAUGUGCUUUUGGCAUGGAGGAGAAAGGAUUUGCACUUUUCCAUGGUUCAGAGAUUCCACCUGAGCACAUAGAAACCCCCCCUCUGAAACGGAAGAAGGGGCCAGCCCCCAAGAUGCUUGGCAAUGAGGUGUGCAGAGUGUGUGGGGACAAGGCCUCAGGCUUCCACUACAAUGUCCUCAGCUGCGAGGGCUGCAAGGGCUUUUUCCGACGCAGCGUCAUCAAGGGUGCCCAGUAUGUUUGCAAGAACGGCGGCAGGUGUGAGAUGGACAUGUACAUGCGGCGGAAGUGUCAGGAGUGCCGGUUGCGCAAAUGCCACGAGGCAGGCAUGCGAGAGCAAUGUGUUCUCUCUGAAGAACAAAUCCAGCUGAAGAAGCUUAAGAAGCAGGAAGACGAUCAGUCUCGGAUGGUAGUUGUGCGCCAGAGCUCAUUAUCCCCCCCGAACACCCCUCCUAAAAUGACACCGGAGCAGCUUGACAUGAUAGAAAAGCUUGUGGCAGCUCAGCAGCAGUGUAAUCAGCGCUCCUUCACAGACAGGCUCAAAGUGACGCCAUGGCCUCAGAUUUCAGAUCCUCUUCACCGCGAAGCACGACAGCAGCGUUUUGCUCAUUUUACGGAGCUGGCAAUCAUUUCUGUACAGGAGAUUGUGGACUUUGCAAAGCAGUUGCCAGGUUUCCUGGAGCUCACCAGGGAAGAUCAGAUUGCUCUUCUGAAAACAUCUACAAUAGAGGUGAUGCUAUUGGAGACAUCUCGGCGCUACAGUCCAGAAACAGAAUGCAUCACUUUUUUGAAGGACUUGAGUUAUAAUCGGGAUGACUUUGCCAAAGCUGGCCUCCAGUUUGAGUUCAUCAACCCCAUCUUUGGAUUUUCAAAGGGAAUGAAUGAACUGCAGCUCAAUGAUGCCGAAUAUGCACUUUUAAUUGCUAUCAGCAUUUUUUCUGCAGACCGGCCAAACGUUCAAGACCAGACCCUGGUGGAAAGGUUGCAGCAUACCUACGUAGAAGCCCUUCAUUCUUAUAUUUGCAUCCACAGACCAAACGAUCAUCUAAUGUUCCCACGGAUGUUAAUGAAACUGGUCAGUCUUCGGACUCUAAGUAGCGUCCAUUCUGAACAGGUGUUUGCUCUUCGGCUACAGGACAAGAAACUGCCACCCCUUCUUUCAGAGAUCUGGGAUGUCAAUGAAUGACCACAACUGUCCCCGUACACCAGACUAGCUGAAGCAACCCCACCCUUGACUGUUGCUAACAAGAAGCUGUCCUCCCCUCUCCGAAACACUGAAGCUCAGUGCAGAGGGCUAUGAUCUUUGGUAUCUUUGUUCUGAAACAAUGCAGAAGGCAAUUGAGAUGGACCAGUUAAUGCUUGAGUCUUUGAUUUCAGUGCCUUCCAGAAAUGAAACAACUGAAGCACCUCAACAUAGUAGAGAUGACGAACCCACCCUAAUAAUUUCUCCAGUGGCUCUCCUUCUUCAGGCACUUAUCCUGUGUUUAAUUUUAAGGACCUGUCAUACACCCACCCACACCCCUCAGGAGUUUCAGAGGCAUACCCCCAUCAUGUAUCCAGUUUGUUUCGUUUACUGGGAGUUGUCUGGACUGAAUAUUCUAAAUACAUUUUCUCAUUCAUAUAGACAUUUCUGGCAAUCUCAUGAAUAGUUUUUGGUUCUUGGUGGAUUUUUUUUCUCUGCAGC